AUGGCCGAGAUCGAGCAAACAUGGAGCCUGGCAGGCAAAGUUGCCGUAGUCACUGGUUCAGGCCGUGGAAUCGGCAAGGCAAUGGCCCUCGAGUUGGCCAAGCGCGGCGCAAAAGUCGCAGUAAACUACGCCAACACAAUUGAAGGAGCCGAACAAGUCGUCAAGGAGAUUAAAGCACUAGGAAACGGCUCCGACGCCCAUGCCUUCAAAGCCAAUGUAGGCAACGUCGAGGAAACCUCCAAGCUCAUGGACGACGUCGUCGCCCACUUCGGCAAACUCGACAUUUGCUGCUCAAACUCUGGUGUUGUGUCGUUUGGCCACUUCAAGGACGUGACGCCAGAGGAGUUUGACCGCGUCUUCACUAUCAACACGCGUGGGCAGUUUUUCGUGGCCAAGGAGGCGUACAAGAGGAUGGAGAUGCAUGGCCGGAUUAUCCUCAUGGGCUCAAUCACCGGCCAGGCAAAGGGCGUACCGAAACACGCAGUCUACUCUGGCUCCAAGGGUGCCAUUGAGACCUUCACGCGCUGCAUGGCCAUUGAUGCCGGCGAGAAGAAAGUCACGGUCAACUGUGUUGCCCCCGGUGGCAUCAAGACAGACAUGUACCACGCCGUUUGCAGAGAAUACAUCCCCGGCGGCGAAAAGCUCAGCGACGACCAAGUCGACGAGUACGCUUGCACAUGGUCCCCACAUGACCGGGUCGGUCAACCAGUGGACAUUGCCCGUGUGGUGUGUUUCCUUGCAUCCAAAGAUGGAGAUUGGGUAAAUGGCAAGGUCAUUGGUAUUGAUGGUGCUGCUUGCAUGUAA